AUGUGUGUGUGGAGACAUAAAACUACUAACAACUACACUCAUUUGAAUUUGUUAUCAAAAUUGUCGUUCACAACUCGACUUUAGUUAUCCCCCCUUUUUCGAGCAAAGUAUAGCCCAAAUGGCGAAUGCAGCCGAGGAAUCCCAUCCGGCGUCUGCCCUCCAUUCCAGGUCUUCGCUGUACAUUUACAACCCAUACGAGAAACGCACGGUUCUGGUGCCCUUGAACAAUUUUGAUGCAUUCAUAUCCCUGCUCAAGUGUGUGAUAGGCACUGGAAUUCUGGCCAUGCCGCUAGCCAUUCGCUACGCGGGCAUUGUGGCCGGCGCCCUGCUCUCUGUGUUGCUGAUGAUUCUGCUUACCUAUUGCAUCCAUUUGCUGAUCACUGGCAUGACCGAGUGCUGUCGUCGCAUCCAAGUGCCGCAGGUAUCCAUGCCGGAAGCCGUGCGUAUUGCCUAUGAGCUGGGACCAGGUUGCGUUCAUAGCUUUGCUCGCACGGCUGGAUUCGUUACCAGUUGUGUUUUGGGUUUUGGCCAGUUUGGUCUCUGCUGCGUUUAUAUUGUGUUUGUGUCGAAGAAUUUUAAAGAAAUCGGCGACUAUUAUCUUAAGGACUAUAACGAGCGUUACUACGUGCUUUGCGUCUGUGUGCUUCAGCUGCCAUUCAUUAUGAUACGCAAGCUUAAGUUUCUGGUGCCUCUGAAUAUUAUAUCAAACAUUCUGCUCUAUGCGGGAUUCUUGUGCAUCAUGUAUUAUCUGUUUCGGGGACUGCCCAAUCUACAGGAGCGCGAAAUGUUUAAGCCACCUACGGACUGGAUGAUGUUCUUUGGUAUUGCAGCCUUCUCGUUAACAGCUGUCGGUUCGAUGCUUGUCGUGGAAGCCAAUAUGUCGCAUCCAGAAAGCUAUCUCGGCUUUUUUGGUGUGCUUAAUCUGGCCGUAUUCUGCAUACUGUUCUCAAAUAUAUUUUUCGGAAUCAUGGGCUAUUGGCGCUACGGAGAGCAUGUCGAAGCUAGCAUUACGUUGAAUAUUGCACAAAAUGAGGUCCUUUCUCAACUCAUUAAGGCUUCCAUUGCAUUGGGCAUCUUUCUAAGCUAUCCACUGAACGGAUUUGUUUUCAUCACCGUUGUCUUCAGUGACUAUGGAACGGGGGGAACGGAGGAGGACAUAAACCCCAAGCGUCGUUAUGUAUUUGAAAUCUUGGUGCGCCUCUGCUUUCUAUUGUUCACUGGCUUUGUGGCUGCUGUGGUGCCCAAUUUGGCCGCAUUGACCGAACUGGAAGGUGCAUUUUCUCUGUGCAAUUUGAAUCUGUUAUGUCCGGCACUGAUUGACAUGUUUGUCAACUAUGAUGUUGGCUAUGGUCGACUCCGUUGGAAGCUAAUACGUGACAUUUUGAUAAUAAUAUUAGGUGCUGUCUUCGGUAUUGUCGGCUGUACAGUGGCCAUACGGCAGCUGGUGGAUGACCUUUCGCGACCUCAACAGCACAAAAGUUGAUAGCAACAACUUCCUAACCAGUUGUAUGGACCAGUUUAAUCUUUAGCUGAAGCUCAAGCAUGUUUUGGUGGGGUUAAGAUUAUUUAAUUGUUGUCUGGUUGUCUGCUUAGCUUCGUUGGGUUUUAAUUAUUUGCUGGCCAAGUGUUUGCCGGCGGUUCAUCCAAGCUAAGCUAGUGCUAUUGUUAAACAGCAUUUGUAUAUAGACUAAAUUUGUUGCCUUAAAUGUUGCUGGCUUUACUACAGGUUACUCUGUACCAAAAAUGAGUACAUCAGUAGGGUAUAAUAAAGUUGUAAGUUGUGCGAAAGUGAAAA